AUGGUUCCACGAGCCCUUCCUGCCUCGCUUGGGCGCGCUCUUCGCGGCGCUGCGCGGAGACCGCGAGCAUUGCGGUCAUUUGCGACAGCAGUCAACAUCCCUAGCCCGGUCACGGAGACGACCACGCUCCCUAAUGGCCUGACUAUCGCGACAGAGUCCAAUCCGCACGCUCAGACUGCGACUGUGGGUGUGUGGAUUGAUGCCGGUUCGCGGGCGGAGACGGAUGCGACGAAUGGAACCGCCCACUUCCUCGAGCACAUGGCCUUCAAGGGUACCAACCGUCGCACUCAGCACGCGCUUGAGCUCGAGGUUGAGAACCUCGGUGCGCACUUGAACGCGUACACUUCCCGCGAGCAGACGGUGUAUUAUGCGAAGAGCUUCCGCAAGGACGUCGGAAUUGCAGUCGACAUCAUUAGUGAUAUCCUGCAAAAUUCCAAGCUCGAGAACUCGGCAGUUGAGCGUGAGCGGGAUGUGAUUUUGCGGGAGCAGCAGGAGGUUGACAAGCAGUUGGAGGAGGUCGUUUUCGACCACCUGCACUCUGUUGCGUUCCAAGGCCAACCUCUCGGUAGGACGAUUCUUGGGCCGAAGGCCAACAUUUUGUCGAUCAGACGUGAUGACCUCGCGUCUUACAUUAAGACGAACUACACCGCAGACCGCAUGGUAUUGGUGGGAACGGGAGGAGUUGAUCAUCACGAGCUUGUUAAAUUGGCGGAGAAGCACUUCUCGAGUCUCCCGGUGUCUGUCAACCCCAUUCCUCUUGGACGGCUAGCACACCCUAAGACGAACUUCGUCGGUUCUGAGGUUCGUGUCCGCGACGACGAACUGCCCACCGCGCACCUCGCGAUCGCUGUUGAGGGUGUCAGCUGGAGCUCACCGGAUUACUACCCAAUGCUGGUCAUGCAGUCCAUCUUCGGCAACUGGGACCGUUCGCUCGGCUCGGCGGGCCUCAUGUCUUCGCGGCUGUCGCACAUCAUCUCCAGCAACAACCUCGCCAAUAGCUUCAUGUCGUUCUCGACGUCGUACUCCGACACCGGUCUCUGGGGUAUCUAUCUCGUCACGGAGAACGUGAUGAAUAUGGACGACCUUGCGCACUUCACCCUGCGCGAGUGGACUCGUAUGUCCAUUGCACCAACAGACGUUGAGGUCGAGCGCGCCAAAAGCCAGCUCAAGGCGAGCUUGUUGCUUACGCUGGACGGCUCGACCGCGGUUGCGGAGGAUAUUGGUAGACAGCUAGUGACAAGCGGUCGCCGCCUGACACCUCAGCAGAUCGAGUAUGCUGUUGACUCUGUCACUCCGGCAGACAUCAAGCGUGUUGCACAGAAAUACUUGUGGGAUCAGGAUAUUGCCAUCGCCGCCCUCGGCCCCAUCGAAGGUCUGCUGGACUACAACCGUAUUCGUGCAGAUAUGUCGUCCCUACUCUACUAG